GUUGUUUCGUGGCAUGACGGGCCCGUCCUUGUGGCCCUGGUGGCGCUGAUUGAUUCUUGCAAUGACAUCCACGGACUUGAGCAGUGCAGCCACGGGCCUUCCGCAGGUACCUCCGCAGCACGCCGUCUUCCACUGUCCCUUCCCGCCCAUCGCUCCACCGAGAGCCUAUGACCAUCCCUAUGCCCCGCAUGCGUUCCAUCUGCAGCCUGAUCCACCGCCCCAUGGCGGCUGCAUCGCCGGCCACAUGAUGAAGCCCGUGACGGUCCAGCGCGGCGCAUACCCAUACGGCCCUUGUGUGCAGCGGGGCGGCAUUGUCAGCGGGCGGCAGCCAUCGGACGACGGCACACCGCCGGAGAGCAAUCAGGAUGGACAACCGAUGUUGGAGCUCGGUGCAGCGCAGCUGGCAUACAAGAGGACCAUCAGCGUGCCGACCGAUGGCGGCGGUGAUGAUGAUGGGAUGCUGCCGCCGGCACCUCGUGGCAUGGGUGGCCUUGCUGCAAGCGCCUCUGCCCCUGCUGGCGGAGCUGUGGUGCCGUGGAUGGGGUAUGCAGUGCUGCACAGCAGGGGACGCGGGGCGUGGCGGGGCAUCACGACGCUCAAGGUGGUACCUGAGAGUGAGGCGGUGGUCAGGGGGAAGUACGUGAUGCUCAAGGAGGGUGUCCAUCACCACGAGGGAGACAAGGUAUGGCGUCAGGCUCUUGGGAGCGCGUGGACCAAUGGCGUCAUCUGUCUGUCUGUCUGUCUGUCUGUGUCUCGGGCAGGAUUUUCGUUUGGCCUUUUGGCGCGGAGAGGAGCUCAGGAUGAAGCUCUACAGUGUCAAGGUGGGCAAGACAGGCAGAGGAACUAGACCUCACUGUGUGUGUGUCCCCAUACUUUUUGUCUAUGUAUCCCAUUGAUCAGACCCUCGGCUUCUCCACCGCUCAGGAGUCCUCCUACCGCUUCUUUGACAACCUUCCCCACUCCCGCCGCUUCCUCGAGCCGCUCAAGGGUGUCAGCCUCCCUGAGUGGGCCAGGAAUCUGGGAAUCAGGCGGGCCAUACCGGGUGGUUACAUCGAUGGGAUGGCAGGGGAGGAUGGCCAGGUAAGAUGAGUACAGAUGGGGUCUGGCGUGGGCAUCUUCUGGCCAUAUGUGUCAGGAUGGCAUGUAUGACGAGAGUGCCCCUCACGAGCAGAGGCAGCCUGUUGAUGAUGAUACGAGGAAGCGGGAGGAUACAAACGAGGUAAAGAGAGACACGAACGCACGACUUCACAGACAGGUACAUACCCCUUCACGGACCACAGGUGUCUGACGAGCUGCCGCUGCCCCAGCGCCACAGCCACAGGAGACGACCACCCGUACCGCCCCGUGGCAAACGACUCAACAAAAGACCCGCAUCCCGGUCCCCGCACAGAGGCUUCGGCGGCAGAUUCGUGGCGCGCAAGACCACCGAUGACACGCUGCCCUCCCCUGUCUCACCACCCAAUGGCCCGGUGCCUCCCCUGCUGUUUGCACUGGGUUUCCCCCAGCCCAAGAGGCCCAUCCUGGUGGAUCUGGCAGAGGUCGGUGGCGAUGGCAGUGACGAUCAGUAUCAGCCAGCUGUGGUGGGUGAGGUGCUGUCUCUGGCGUGGGCCAAGGCGCAGUGCUUCGACGCCCUCUUCAAGGCUGCCGGCUCGGAGCCAUCGUGGCAGAGGGUGAACGCCAGCGACGUGGAGACGGCUGUCGAGCACAUUGCCAGCAGGCGACAGGCCAGCGAGCUGCGUGACGUCAUGGCAGCCCUCGAGGUGGAUUGCCUGCCACUCCCCGAGGAGUUCGCGCAGCUGGAGAGGAUGCUGGGCAGGAGGGAGGGCGUCAUCAGAGGUGGCGGCAUUGUCCAGGGCCUGGAGGACGUCCCCAGGCCUGUGUGUGAGGGGCAGGGAGACAUGCUGGAUGGCGAGAGGAGGAUGACUCAGCUGAAGACGGUCCUGGAGGGGGUGAGGAGGGGCAGCGAUGAGAUGGAUUAG